AUGAGACCACCACCAAACUCGAUCCAUGAAUACUUGUAUCGACUACUAAUUGACUCUCCCGGUUUCAAUCGAUGGGUUCGUAAAAUCCACGCCAGGAUAAAUCGUAUACCAUAUGAUCAUUAUCCAGAUUUAUCACAAGUUAAAGAAAUUGAUAUACAUGAUUUUAAGCCCACUAGAUUACAGAAACUAAAUGCAUUUAGACGAAUUUGGGCACAAGAAAUGAAAAACACAUUCAAAUUUUGGUAG